GUCGCUGUCCGCCACCCAACCCACCCAGGCGUCCACCGGACCGCCCGAUCCGACCAAAUCCAAUCCGACGGCGGCUCCCCCGCCGGCCGCCGCGGGGGAGCUAUAAAUGGGCCGGCGCGCGGCCCAGCUCGGCGUGCGCUGCGGCCGGGUCGGAUCUGAGACGAGCACUCCCCAACUUGUUACCAUCUCAUCCUCAUCCACCCCGCCUCCUCCCGUCUCCCCCUCCGCCGGAUCUGAUCGGAUCCGCCCGACCAACCCGCGCCGCCGCCGCAGAUCAGAAAAGAUGGCCGCAGUCGACACCUUCCUCUUCACCUCGGAGUCCGUGAAUGAGGGACACCCUGACAAGCUCUGCGACCAGGUCUCAGAUGCCGUGCUUGAUGCUUGCCUUGCUGAGGACCCCGACAGCAAGGUUGCUUGCGAGACCUGCACCAAGACUAACAUGGUCAUGGUCUUUGGUGAGAUCACCACCAAGGCCAACGUCGACUAUGAGAAGAUUGUCAGGGACACUUGCCGCAACAUCGGUUUCGUGUCGGCAGAUGUCGGGCUUGACGCUGACCACUGCAAGGUGCUCGUGAACAUUGAGCAGCAGUCCCCUGAUAUUGCUCAGGGUGUGCAUGGCCACUUCACAAAGCGCCCUGAGGAGAUCGGAGCUGGUGACCAGGGACACAUGUUUGGGUAUGCAACUGAUGAGACCCCUGAGCUGAUGCCCCUCAGCCACGUCCUUGCCACCAAGCUUGGUGCUCGUCUCACAGAGGUGCGCAAGAAUGGGACCUGCCCCUGGCUCAGGCCUGAUGGGAAGACCCAGGUGACUGUUGAGUACCGCAAUGAGGGUGGUGCGAUGGUCCCCAUCCGUGUCCACACUGUCCUCAUCUCUACCCAGCACGACGAGACAGUCACCAACGAUGAGAUUGCCGCUGACCUCAAGGAGCAUGUCAUCAAGCCUGUCAUCCCUGAGCAGUACCUUGACGAGAAGACCAUCUUCCACCUUAACCCAUCUGGUCGCUUUGUCAUCGGUGGACCUCAUGGUGAUGCUGGUCUCACUGGCCGGAAGAUCAUCAUUGACACCUAUGGUGGCUGGGGAGCCCACGGUGGUGGCGCUUUCUCCGGCAAGGACCCAACCAAGGUUGACCGCAGUGGAGCCUACAUUGCCAGGCAAGCUGCCAAGAGCAUUGUCGCUAAUGGCCUUGCUCGCCGCGCCAUCGUCCAGGUCUCCUAUGCCAUCGGUGUGCCUGAGCCCCUCUCCGUGUUUGUUGACACAUAUGGCACUGGCACGAUCCCCGACAAGGAGAUCCUCAAGAUUAUUAAGGAGAACUUCGACUUCAGGCCUGGCAUGAUCAUCAUCAACCUUGACCUCAAGAAAGGCGGCAACGGGCGCUACCUCAAGACAGCUGCCUACGGUCACUUCGGAAGGGACGACCCUGACUUCACCUGGGAGGUGGUGAAGCCCCUCAAGUGGGAGAAGCCUUCUGCCUAAGGCGCCCUUUGAGAAGAAGCUUUUGGUCUGCUGCGCUUAUCAUGUUUUGUGGCUUCUGUGUUGUGAUUCUUGAUCUGCCCCUUGCUAUCAUUUGUAUUGUACUGUCCUAAUAAGUGGUACUUGUGAGGGUAUUACUGUGUCUGGUUAUUUACCUAGAGGAGGAAUUAUUGUCUGCUAUUUCUGGUUUUGCUGUUUAUGUAAUGGUGAACCAAAGAAUGAAGCUGCAGGCUACUUUGAGAAGGAAGGGGACCUGCUGCUUUCUAUCUUGUCAUGCGUGAUUACUUGAACAGUCCUGAUGAUCUAUUAAUGUUCUUUGGUCA